AUGCAUCAAAAUAUUAAUAAAAUCAGAGGAUCAUGGAAAUGUCAAAAGACUGCAGAUCAUGACAAAUAUUUAGACUUUUUACUGGAACUAUGCAAAGAAGCUGAAAAACCAAUUAAAGAUUUAAGCAUUAUUUGUCAUGAUCAACAAGAUGAUGUGUAUCGAAAUAUUUUGAAGCAAAUUAAAAUCAGCUCAAAUGCAUCACGUCUUGAGUUGAAUAAUGAGAUUCAAGCAACAAUGGAUCAAAUCUGUUUCAAUGAUCGUAACCUUGAAGAAGCUUCACGUCAACUUUCCGCAAAAAUUGCUGGAUUUUCAAGUCAACUUGCAUCAAAUACUGCUGAACCUUCAAGUCAACUUGCAUCAAAUAUUGCUGGAUCUUUAAGUCAGCGUGCAACAAACUUUGCUGGCCCUUUAAGUCAACUUGCAUCAAAUACUGCUCGACCUUCCAGUCAACUUGCAUCAAAUACUGCUGAACCUUCAAGUCAACUUGCAUCAAAUAUUUUUGGAUCUUUAAGUCAGCGUGCAACAAACUUUGCUGGACCUUCAAGCCAACUUGCAUCAAAUACUGCUCGACCUCCCAGUCAACUUGCAUCAAAUAUUUCUGGAUCUUUAAGUCAGCGUGCAACAAACUUUGCUGGAUUUUCAAACAGUUCAAGUAAUACAUCUUCAAGUUUUCAAAGUGCUUCAAGUCAUGUUGAUCAAAAUCUCGUACUUCGAUCGAAUGAAGUCAAUUCAAACCUACGAGGAAAUUUUUAUCAAGCCGAUUUAGAAAGAAUUAGGAUACAACAACAACCAAAUAUUGAAAACUCACGUAGAAUCUGGCAAAAUGAUCGACAGAGGCGAAAAGAAGAAAGAAGUAAACAUCAAAAAGUCAUCAUUAUUAGGUCAUUGAUGUCCUUAACAGUCAAAAGAGCUCAAAACAUUUUCGACAUGAUCCGCGCACCAAACUUGAAAGUUUUAAAAGCAACAAUUUUUAAUCCAUUGUUUCGUGAUUAUAAUAUAACUGACCGAAAUCGGUUCCAUAAAGUCCUUCGAGAAGCUACAAAAUUUGAAAAAAUCAGAAAUUUCCUAAAAACUACAGCAAAUUUGAAAGUGUUGAUCCUCAAAAAACUGAAUGUCAACUGUAGCUUAGGCUUUGAGCAUUUUCCAUUUCAAUUAAAGAAGCUAGUUGUGUCUACUUAUGGAUCUGAAUCAUUUGACUUGAUGUUCCCAGGCAGCGAUUUUAAUGAAAAAAUUUUACUAUUUUUAUAUCAUCAAAAAGAAUUUUUAAUGGAUAUUUCAAUAACUUCAACAUUUUUGAAAAUUGCUCGAGAUCAACUUUUUGAAUUCAUUGAAAUUUUAAAUAAUUUUAAUAACUUUGUGGGAUUUGAAGGCAUUGAAAAGUUGGAAGUUCACACUUUAUAUCAAGGAACAAGUACAGUUGAUUGGGAUAGAAUUGUCUCAGCAUGUCCAAAAAUUAAAGAACUAUCGCUUUAUGAUGAAGCUUUUAACAUCUCAGCGGAUAAAUUUGCAGGAAUUGUACAAAAUUGUAGAAAAUUAAAAACUAUUAACAAAUUUGCUCCCGAAAAAUUCGAUCUUAUUUAUAAUUUUUACAAAUUUCUUCGUCAUCCGCCAAUUAGGGAUAUGAAGAUAACAGUAUUUACUAAAAUUCCAUUUUGGAGAUAUCUACAGUUUAAGGACUGUCUGAAGGAUGCUGCAAAUAUUAUUGUUGAUUACAAGUUAAUUGAAUUAAAUGUUAGAAGAGAUGAUCCCGAAAAUUUAUUGAAAUAUUUUGCUAUGAACUUUAAGCUUAUUUGCAAAAAUUAUUGUAGUGUAACGUGGGUGAGGAUGGUUCGGGCUUAG